AUGGUGAAGACCAUGAUGAAGCGGCUUGUCCCACUGCAGCCCAUGGGCGAGCUUCAUAAUGAGGAUGACCCCCCAGAGUCUUCAGCAGCUGAGCAGCCUUCCUCGUCUACAGAGACAACGCAGAGUCCCCCGACAGCAGCUUCACCCGAAGCAGAUACUUCCCCUCCACCUUACUGUAGCAUAGCUGUGGAAGCAGCUGCAACCUCAGAAACACAAAAUGAAUUUUAUCCUGUACCACCUCCAUACAGUGUAGCUACCUCUCUUCCUACUUACGAUGAAGCAGAGAAGGCCAAAGCUGCAGCAAUGGCGGCUGCUGCAGCAGAAGUUGCCCAACGACACGCCCAGUUUAGGGAGUCUAGGAGUCUGUUUGAUGAAAUAUUCCUCAGUCGUCCAGAGGAAGAAGAGUAUCCACCACGGGAUGAUUUCAGUGAUGCAGAUCAGCUUAGAGUGGGCAAUGAUGGCAUCUUCAUGUUGGCAUUUUUCAUGGCAUUUAUUUUCAACUGGAUUGGAUUUUGUUUAUCCUUCUGUAUAACAAAUACCAUAGCUGGAAGGUAUGGUGCAAUCUGUGGAUUUGGUCUGUCCCUGAUCAAAUGGAUUCUCAUUGUACGGUUUUCAGAUUACUUUACUGGAUAUUUCAAUGGACAGUACUGGCUUUGGUGGAUAUUUCUUGUACUUGGACUCCUCCUGUUCUUUCGAGGGUUUGUUAAUUAUCUUAAAGUCAGAAAUAUGUCUGAAAGCAUGGCAGCUGCUCACAGAACAAGAUUUUUUUUCUUGUACUGAAGACUGCGUCGAACAGACAUUCCUUUCCUAUGCCGGUGUGAAAUUGCCGGAUGAUCUGUAACCCUCAGAGUCAAUAGGAUAGAAGACUACUAAAUCAAGAAGACAAAUUAGUGAAGAUACAGCUUCAAAAAUGAAUGACGGAAUGGUUUAUGCUCAAAUACCAGUUUUGAUCAUUCUAGUAAAUAUUUAUAACUGCUGCCUUUUGUUUUAGCACAUUUGUAUAUGUGCUUAUUAAAAAGAUAGUACUGAAGUAAGGACACGCCAUCUGUUAGUAUAGAUUAGGUACAGAGUCGGUUAUUCUGUGUUUGUUGUAUCUGAAAGAUCCAAGUGGUAUCUUGUUUCACAGCGUGUAUGUACCACUGACUUGUUGAUCUGAACUUUAGAGUCCAAUGAAAUGCAUUAAAUGAUUCAGAUUAACCAGUUCAGACAGUUUUUUUUAUAUGAUAUAGAUUCAUCUAAUGAUUGUGUAGAACAUUUUUAAGUUUACUAAACCCCAGAGUUCCUUGUCAUCAUGAGCUUGUACUCGCCAAUAUUUUAUCAAAUUCGAACCAAUAUACUGGUUUGCUAAAAUAUGAUGCUCCACCUUGAG